CGGAGCGAGCGGGCCCGGUGGUGGCGGCCAUGGCGCUGCGGGGCGGCAGGCGCUGGGCGGGCUUGGCCUCGGUGCUGCGGGGAGGCGCGGCCCCGGUGCGCGGCGGCAGCUCGGGGCAGUGGGACGGAGGGCGGCUCGGUGACACCCCGCAGCACCGCGACUUGCGGGCGGCCCUCAGGAAGAUCAUCGACAAGGAGAUAAAUCCCUUUGUGGACAAGUGGGAAGAGGAAGGACAGUUCCCAGCACAUAAAGUAUUUAAAAUCCUGGGACAGGCUGGAUUCCUUGGUGUGGAUAAGCCAACAGAAUAUGGUGGCAUGGGCUUGGACUUCUCCUAUAACAUGGCAGUGGCAGAAGAGCUGGGAAAUAUCCACUGUGGAGGUAUUCCUAUGGCUAUUGGAGUGCAAGCUGGCAUGGCUACCCCUGCUCUUACAAGGUUUGGCUCUGAUGAGUUGAAAAAAGAGUUUCUCGUACCAACUAUAGCUGGAGAUUUUGUGGCUUGCUUGGGAAUCAGUGAAGCUGGAGCUGGGUCAGAUGUCGCAAAUAUCAAGACGAAAGCUGUGAGAAAAGGCGAUGAAUAUGUCAUAAAUGGUGGUAAGAUGUGGACUACAUCUGGGUGCCAAGCGGACUGGAUGUGCCUGCUGGCAAACACUAGUGAAGGACCUCCCCAUCGAAAUAAAUCUCUCAUAUGUCUGCCAAUGAAUCUACCUGGCAUUCAUAUUGCUAAAAAGAUAGACAAACUGGGCAUGAGGUCAUCAGACACAGCUCAGAUCUUUUUUGAAGACGUAAGAGUCCCCACCAAAAACCUCAUCGGUGAGGAAGGAAACGGUUUUACAUAUCAGAUGUUGCAAUUCCAAGAAGAGCGGCUGUGGGCAGUAGCCACUGCCGUGACACCGCUGGACACUAUAAUACGAGAAACUAUUGACUACACUCGCCAGCGGAAAGUGUUUGACCAGCCCAUCCUGCACAACCAAGCUGUGCACUUCCGCCUGGCCGAGCUGGCAACCGAAGUGGAGCUCCUUCGCGCACUGCUGUACCGCACCGUUGCUCUCUAUGUGGAAGGUAAUGAUGUGACGAAAUUGGCUUCCAUGGCUAAGCUAAAGGCAGGUCGUCUGGCCCGUGAAGUGAGUGAUACCUGUCUCCAGUUUUGGGGAGGAAUGGGAUUCACCAGCGAGGUUCUGGUGAGCAGGUUUUACAGAGACAUGAGAUUAUUAUCAAUAGGAGGCGGUACAGAUGAAACCAUGCUUUCCAUCAUAUGCAAAUACAUGGGAACACUUCCAAGCAAAUGAUGCAUCAUCUGUGCUCUACCCUGGAAAUUAAGCAAGCAAGAGCAUGGCUUGUCCUGCGCACUGAUGGUAACAGCCAGUAUAUGUUUCAGGGGUAAAAUAAGUAGAAAACGUAACAGUAAUUUUGCCAAUGAAUUGCUUAUCAGGGUCUUUGACCAUUAUCAUUCUACGUGUUCUCCAAUAUCAAAUUUCUGUUGAUACGAAGCAGUCUGAAAGCAUGUGGCCUCCUUUUUUUGGUGGGUUACUUUUUUGGGGGGGUCUAGUGAUCCACACUAAGCACCCAAAAAAAGGUCUUUAAUCUAGGUGCAUCUACACUUUAGAGCACCUAAGCCACCAGUUAAGAAACAUAACUUCCAUACCGAUAGAGUUACGAUUUCACUAGCAGCCUAAUUUAAUUUCAGGGUAAAUUUGCUUUCAAGUUCAAUAAUUAAGGCACAAAUUAUUCCUUUCCAUAUUCAAAUACUGGAAUGGUGAUUUUACUCUCAAUUACAAGUACCUUCCCUAUCCCAGUUUUAGCAAUAAUCAUCAAAAUGAGCUCUCUCAUCUUUGCCAAGUUCACAUCAACUGGUACUAUGCUCUGUCAUGGAUGUUUGGUGUUGGGAGUGGGGGUUGAUUUUUAUUUGUAGAAUUCUACGAACAGCUGUUUAACUGUAUCUGAAACUUUUGGAAGCCUGAACUUCAGCAGUAAGGUAUCAUGUUUUGUGUGUAAUCAUUAAAGAAAAAUAUUUUAAAAACCA